UCAAAGCGCUUUCGUAUGAUCGCGAAAAACGAUGCAGUCUAACGAUAAUUUUUAUUCAGUGAACAUCGAUGAAUUUUAACAAAGAAUUGCAUUACGCUUUUACAUUGAGCCGUCAAUGUAUGCGGAUAGUAGGUAUAUGGCCCGAUUUAGAUGUCCCUUUGAAUGUUUGUCGCCGGCCAAAAAUAGCAUUUAUCUUUGCCACAUGUAUUAUGACUCUUUAUGUACUCAUCCCGCAAGUACUAAAUCUGCUUCGAACUUCGGGCAAGUCGGUGAGUCAAAUGGUGGAACUCUUUGUUGCCCCUAAUAUCACUUUUAUGGCAAUAUGCAAGCUGAUUAUUACUAAAUAUCAUGGUGACAAGCUUCGAAUACUAAUAGCAUCAAGUAUGACUGAUUUGAUGACUUCGAAAAACAAUUGGGAACGAAACACAAUGUUGAACCUAGUAAGAACUGGUAGAAAGAUAUCCAUUACAUAUUUCGUGAUUGCAAUAGCCAUAAUCAUAUUUGCUUGUUAUAUACGUCUUGAGAAUGUUUUUCAAAACAUUCACCAGCCUCGACGAUACCUUGUCUACCGGUUUGAUUACAUUCAAAAGAGUCCAAAUUAUGAAAUCACCUGUUUUAUUCAAAUCUGCGGUGCUAUAUAUGCAAUUUUCGGCAACUAUAGUGUCGAUAGCUUCAUCUCGAUAUUACUUUUGCAUAUAUGUGCACAAUUAAUAAAUCUACGAACUGCGCUCAACAAUUUGAUCAAUAAAUUAAACAACAAACCUAUAUCUUCUUCAAAAUUUAAAAAAGGCCUAGCAGCAAUCAUUGUACGACACGAGUAUCUAAUAAGGAAUGUAAAAACAAUUAAUGAUUGCUACAGCUCAGUAUUAUGUAUACAUGUGCUAUGCGGUUCUUUUCAAUUAUGUCUUGUAGCUUUUCAGACUUCCACGAUGAUAGCAGAUAAUUCGAAUGUUCAUCUUAUUAAAAUAAUUUUUCUCGCUAUAUAUAUUUCCUUCAUUUUGACACAAUUAUAUGUUUAUUGUUAUGCUGCUGAAAGACUCUUAAUGGAGAGUACUAAUAUGGCGUUCGGUAUGUAUGAAUGCAAAUGGUACAAUAUACCGGCAAAAGAUGCGAAAGACUUGAUGUUGAUCGUAUAUCAAUCUGCGAUUUCGCUUAAAUUGACUGCUGGAAUAUUUGGAAAUUUUUCGAUGGAAUUGUUCGGAAUAGCAAUAAAAACAACAAUGGGAUAUUUAUCUGCGUUACUAACAAUAGCAUAACAAUAAGAGAAUAAAGGAAAUCAUUCGAAUUAAUGUUGUAUAACCGACUACAUAAAUUUUCGAAUAAUGUUAUUAAUAGAUAUACAUAUAUUGUCCUCCCUCGCCCCCUGAAUGCUGACAUCAUUUUUAGUAUAAAUAAAUAUACAUUU